UCUGAUAAGUGAAGUGCAUCAAUCUGAUAAAAAAACUCAAAAUGGACUGUAUUAGCAUAAUUUAAGAAAUUAGUCAACUUUUGUAAUUAUUUGAGACUUCGGAUACUAGUACGUAAUUAUAACUUUCUGGACUUCAUUUCCCCUAUUUGUUUUUUAGUUUAGUUUUACUUUUAUAACGAACUCUGCAGUUCUUCUUGCUCUUCGAUCUGUAAUGGCGGACGCGUCUAAUUCCGACAACGGCGGAGAGAAACAGACACUCAAGAUCCGAAGACUGGAGAUCACCGACAAGAGAAAGGGAUACAUGGAGCUUCUCGGUCAACUCACCGUCACCGGAUCAGUAACCGACGAUGAAUUCGAUCAGCGUUUCGAGGAGAUCAGCUCCCGCGGAGACGACCAUCUGAUCUGCGUGAUCGAAGACGAGUCUUCGGGAAGAAUCGCGGCGACGGGGAGCGUGAUGAUAGAGAAGAAGUUCUUGAGAAGCUGCGGCAAAGUUGGGCACAUCGAGGACGUCGUCGUGGAUACAGAGUUUCGCGGGAAACAUCUCGGGAAGCAAGUGGUUGAGUUUCUGUCGGAUCAUUGUCGAGACAUGGGUUGCUACAAGGUGAUUCUUGAUUGUAGCGUGGAGAAGAAAGUGUUCUAUGAGAAAUGUGGGUUGGUUAAUAAAGGGAUUCAGAUGUCAAAGUACUUUUGAUUGAAUUCUUGUUUUUUCUUUGUCCUAAUAUAAGCUUUGGUCUGAAUCUUGACAUUGAUCUUGUGGACAUAAUAAAGUACUAAAGGAGGCAACUUUUUUGA